AGGGUUACAAGACACAAUCCAUGAAUCCAUGAAGUAAGAAGUACCAUUUUUUACAAAGAUCAUGGAUGAAUGAUUGAAGAUAGAGUUGACAGUGAAAAGGGUAAGAAAAAUAGAAAAAGAAAUACUCAAACACACACUAACUGUGUUUGUGUUGUGUGAAGUGUGAUGACCCCAACAACAUUUAAAGCUGCAGAAGAGUAAGGACGCGAAACCCGGGAAGCAACACAAGUGGUCAGACUGGAACACUGCGUGUGAGUAGUACAACACACACACACCAAAUCUGGCUAUCUUACCCCUCGUAAAAACCCCACAUGCCCUUUUCCCAUCUCCUCUUUGGUCCACACCCUUAACCAUGGUUAUUCCUGUUAUUACUUUUCCACUCACCACACUUUCUUCUGGGUUAGUUUAUUCAGCAGUCAAGGAGAAAGCUUCUUCAUUUCUCAUUUCUGUUUACCCUUCUGCACACACUGUGUCUUCUACUACUACUACUCUACUUUCUACUUUCUACUUUCUUCUAGUAGCAUAAGCAAUUAACAUAGCUACUUUUUUUGCUACUUCUUUCUUUCUUUUUUCUGCUGUGGUGGGAAGAAAAUAACGUGUAAAUAAAUUGGAAUGACACUAGACGGAAUGAAUGGACAAAAAAGGAAAGUGAAAGAUGAUGCUAUGAAUGGUUUAUUUAAUUGGCACCCGAAUGAAGACCUAUAGUCGUUUGUUUUUUUAUGUCACUAUAGUUUACAAAGGCCUUGCUUUUAUAGAGUUUCCAGAACAAGGAUUCUGGUCAAAGAUAUUGGUCUUCUUGCUUUUAACAUAUUGCAAAAUAAAAAUUAAGAAAAGGGUAUGUGUGUGUAUUUUGCAUUAGAAACAGAAUCAUCUUUUUCUUCCUAUCAUAUCCAGUGAACGAAUUUAAGGGUUAAGGGUUGGGAGAUUUGGUAUUGAUGGUACAGCUUUCGUGAUCUCUUUGAAUUGAAAAUUUGGAAAUAAGAAAUAGUGAGUAUUGAUGAUGGGCAAGAAAAAGCCACAAAAAACUAAGGAACUUUCAGUUGCAAUAGCUGAAGCUGAAGCAUCAUCAACCGUAGAUGAUGAGAAAGAGCAACAAGAAGCUCAACAACCUCAACCUCAAGCUCCUAGAAAGAGAGGUAGACCUCGUAAGGUUAUUGUAAAGAUGGAAGAAAGUGAAGAGGAGAAGGCACAAGUGAUUGAACAGCAUAGAGGAGGUUCUUUAUCAGCACAAGGCACAGAAAGUUCAAUGGAAAAAGUUACAAACAACGAGGAAGAAGGAACAUCAUCAGCAGCAUGCAUGAUGGUUGAAAAACAAGAGGAGAUACAACUUCCAAAAGUGGAGCCAUCCAGAAGCAGAGCUAGGAGGAAAAGCAAACCCAGAAAGAGUAGCUAAUAUACAUAAUCAUUGCUCCUUUUUCUCUUCUCUUUUUUCUUUUAUAAUUUCUUUCUUUUCAUUAAGCAAUUGAUUCUUGGUUGGUUCCUUGUUCUUGCCAUGUUUUUGUUAUUUAGAUAAUCGGUAUCAAAACUGAUAUUGAUGCUGCUGUUUGUUGUUGAGGAACACAAGUGUCAAUAGAAACACUUGAAGGAGUUAUUGGUUUAUCUUCUGCUUUUUCUCUUCUGUGUAAGUCUGUGGUUUAUCUUAUCCUUUCCUAAACCUAAACUAUAUGUACUGUGUUAUGGUUCCAUUCCAUGACUUCAAUUACUUGUUUCUUGAAUAUUACUAUCCAUUGCUUCACUCACUCACACACAGAAAAGAAAGCUAAAUUAUAAGAUGUUCUUGUCUGAGUAUGUUGUUUAUGUUGAUUGCCUGCAACCACCAACCAUAGUUGUGCUGCAAAAACACAUGACCCUUAUCUUGUUGAGUGUUUUCUUUAUCUUCCAAAGGUCACAGUUUAGCUUGAAACUAUAUAGUUGUGAAUAAACUAUAAAAAUAUUGGUUAUGUUCUUGAUAUUCCAUGGCUUUCUUUUACUGUGUUUUACCUUUUUUUUAUAUGAAACAUGGCAUUAUCAUCAUCAUCUGCUUGAUAUUUGAUGUUGGUUAUUAUGUGGUUUUAUGUAGUUUGAUUGCUGCUAUUACUGUCUUAUGAUGGAUUCUGUUUGUAGCUGGAGAAAUUGAAGGUACUGUUUUAUUUAUUUAUUUGUGUGUAUGGUGUUGGUAGCAUUGGAAAAGGGUGAUUGAGUGAAGAACAAAAAGAAAAAGUGGAAGAGAGAGAGAAACAUAGCAUAGAAUGUGAGAGUCACAUAGCAAUGAAGAAUAUAGUAGCCGCCCAAGCACACCAAUGAAUGAUAAGGAUGGUUCGACGUUAAGUUAAACACCACUUUCGGCAGAAACAAAAACCAAACCAAUGCUUUUUUAUUUCAACUUUUCUCUAAUGUUUGAAAAUCUAUUUUGUUGAUUUUUGCUGUCACGGAAAUGUUUAGCAAACAGAAAAGGAUAUUAUAGAUUAAAAUUUAUCAAGAGGUAUUAUAUUAAUGAAUAAAGUAUGGAACCUACAAGGUUUUGUGAUCUUCAACGCAUGUGGAUGGAUAGAAUAGAUCGAGU